AUGAAUCCGUCCGAAGUCCACGUCCUCGUCGUCGAGGACGAUGAGUUCACGCGCAUGGCGACGAUCGACAUCCUCAUGAGCAUCGGCUACCGCGUGACGGCGGUCGAGAACGGCGGCGACGCGCUCACGGCCAUGGUCAGCGCGCCCAUGGGCUUUGACCUCGUGCUCUGCGACGUCAUGCUGCCAGUGCUCACAGGCAUCCAGCUGCUCGAGUGCGUGGCGAAGGAGGACAGCCUCGCCCACAUUCCCAUCGUCAUGACCUCGUCGAACGAAGAGAUGGACGUUGUCACGUCCUGUCUCUCGAAGGGCGCGAAGGACUACCUGAUCAAGCCGAUCCAGUACAACACGGCCAAGACGCUCGUGCGCCACGUGUGGCUCGCACGGCAGAGCCACAUGGAAGGAAUGCGCCUCAACACGGCCGCGACGCAGAGCGUGUGGCGCGACAUUGAGGUGCUCCGCACGAUCGGAAAGGGCACGCAUGGCACGGUCGUCAUGGCCCGGCGCAAGCAUGACGGCGCGAUCGUGGCCGUCAAGCGCGUGCCUCUCUCUGCCGCGAGCGAGAGCAGCCGCAAGCAGGCCGACAACGAAGUCAUCUUGCUCAAGUCGCUCUACCACGUCAACAUUGUCCGCUUCUACGACAGUUUUGUGCUCCAGAACGACGAGCUCAACAUUGUCAUGGAGUUUUGCGACGGCGGCAACCUCCGCCAAGUCGCCAAGCUCCGCACGAAAGCGAACGCCGGGUACUUCCCCGAGCCGCUCAUCAUGUCGUGGUUUGCGCAGCUCGUGCUCGCCGUCUCGUACAUCCACGGCAAGAACGUCUUGCACCGCGACCUGAAGGCGCAGAACGUGUUUUUGACGCGCAAGCACGUGGUCAAACUGGGCGACUUUGGUAUUUCCAAGGCGCUCGCCGGCGACGACACGGCCAUGACGUCGGUCGGGACCCCCGAAAGCAUGUCGCCCGAGAUCUGCCGCGGCGAGCGCUACGGAAAAAAGUCGGACAUUUGGUCGCUCGGCUGCGUCCUCUACGAAAUGGCAAUGCUCGCCCGGCCGUUUGAAGCCAUGACGCUCCAGGAGAUGUUCAACAAGAUCUGCCUCGGCGACUACCCGCCGCUGCCGCCUUUUUUUUCAAAGGAGCUCCGACUGCUCAUCCAGCUCAUGCUGCAGCAAGACCCGAACAAGCGCCCGUCGAUCGAAGACAUUUGCCGCUUCCCGUUUGUCCAAGCCCCGAUCCAGGCCUUCUUGGCCGACCACGCGGUGGAGUUCGAGCUCGCGCUCGAGACCGAGGCCAAGAUGAACCAACCGGCGAUUGCGCUCAGCGGCGUCAACCCGUUCCUGCCGCAAGCGCCGCCACAGCAGCCGCUCGCAAUGCCGUCGCCGCCGCCCGACAGCAGCCUCCGCGAAAUUGCGCUGUCGUCGCAGGUCGUCGGCCUCGCGGCGCCCGAGCUCGCGAAGCACGGGGACGACUACAAUGCGUCGCACCACCGGUCCCACGCGCUCCAAGAGACGCUCGCCGACCGGCUGCGCGCCCGGACCCACGUCGCCACGCACCGCCUUGGGUACUUUUCGUCUGUGGCCCAUUGUGCCCCGGGGCGCGAGAUCGCAGCCGCAUUCGUGCGCGACUACCGCGAAAACAAGGCCAACCCGCUCAAGCCCGAGCGUGAGAUUUACGACAUGGGGCUUGCGGCCAUCAAGGAGCUCGUCUUGAGCGAAGCGCUGCACAUUGUAUCGGCGCAGCACCCGCGGGCGCUCGAGCGGACGCUCGAAUGGACGCGCGGCGGGCCGGUGGAAGAUGCGCUCUUCCGCUUCCAGGUCGACGAAGUCGGCCAAGCGCGGAACCUGCGCUACAUUGCGUCGCACAUGGACGUGAGCCCGAUGGAAGUCUGCCUCGAAGCGCGCGCGCUCGCGGCCGAGCUCCAUAGCCACGCCAAGUUUCCCCACGGCAUUGCGCUCAACUGGUCGUACCCGCCGCCGGACGUCGACUACUCGGGCGCCGGUCUCUACCGACUCUUCCUCAAGACGAUCGCCAAGCUCCAGCUCGUGGACCUCGCCAAGCUCACCACGAAGGACCGGCAGACGUUCUUCAUCAAUAUUUAUAACACCAUGGUGCUCCACGGCGCGAUCGAGCUCAGCGUGCCGCACACGUCCGACCAGUACAAGGCCUUUGAGAAAGACAUGGUCUACCGGCUCGGGGGCCUGACGUUUUCGCUGGCCGACAUUCGCCAUGGCAUCCUUCGCAGCAACCGGAAGCCGCCCUCGGCGUUCUGGGGCCGCCAGCUCGAGAACCACGACCCCCGCAUCGCGUACUGCUUCCGGACGCGCGACCCGCGGUCGCUCCUCGCGCUGCUCGAGUUUUGCGCGCCGUUGGCGACGCCGACCGAGGCGGUGAUUCUGCGGCCCGGUCGCACCGACACGGACUUGGAGCAGGCGAUGAAGGCGUACUGCGAGCGCCACGUAAGCGUCGAGACGGUGCCACGCACGGUGCGCCUCCCAAAGCUCUUUAGCGUCUACCUUGAGGACUUUGGCUCGUCCGAGUCGGAGAUGCUCGGGUGGCUCACGCAGUACAUGAAGGAGUGCCCGCCCGACAUCAUGCUCUAUCGGAUAAAGUACAACCACGGGAUCCUCGUGUAA